UGCUAUAAGGUAUUUCCAACAAAGUUUCUAUAAAUUAGUUAUUAAACGGAUUGCUCAGCUGUUGAAAAUGGGUUCGAGGGAGGAGGAUUUCGCAUAUGCAAUGCAACUGGUUACCUCUACAUCAUUGACCAUGGUGUUGGUGACUGCAAUCAAGCUCAAGGUAUUCGAGACAAUAGCCGAGGCGGGGCCCAGUGCACAACUCUCGGCUCAUGAGAUCGUGUCUCGUUUGUCCAUUACAAACCCGAGUGCCCACCAGAUGCUCGAUCGAAUGUUUCGGUUGCUCGCUAGUUAUUCGGUUGUUACUUGCAAUCAACGAGACCAUGAGUUGGGGUUGGUUCGAGUGUAUGGACUCACCUCUGUUGCCAAAUACUUUAUUCCAAACAAAGAUGGGGUCUCUUUAUGUCCUGUUAUGGAGUUGCUUCAAGAUAAAGUGUUCAUCGAAAGUUGGUUUAAACUUAAAGAUGCGGUGCUAGAAGGUGGUAUUCCAUUUGACAAGGUUCAUGGAACACAUGCAUUUGAAUAUUCAGCAUUAGAUGCAAGGUUCAACGAGGCUUUCAACAAUGGCAUGUUGAAUUUUACUACGAUCAUGAUGAAUGAAAUUCUUGAGUGCUACCAUGGCUUUGACAACCUCAAACGUGUUGUUGAUGUUGGAGUUUAUCCAGGUAUAGAAUAUAUCGGAGGAGAUAUGUUUGAAGAGGUUCCGCAAGGUGAUGCCAUUUUUAUGAAGUGGAUACUGCAUGACUGGAGCGAUGAUCAUUGUGCAAAGUUGCUAAAGAAUUGCUACAAGGCUUUGCCAAAUGAUGGGAAAGUUAUUAUAGUUGAAUACAUUCUUCCUUUUUUGUCAAACACAAGCUCUUUUGACAAACUCACUACACAUAUGGAUGCAAUCAUGAUGACACAAAACCCUGGAGGAAAAGAGCGCAUGGAGGAUGAGUUUCUUGUGUUAGCUAAAGGCGCGGGAUUCGAAAAGAAUGUUGUGUUUGUAACAUGUAUGUGA